UGUCUUAAAACUGCCUCCACUCUAGGACCAACCACUCUACCUCUCUCUCUCUAUCUCUCUCUCUCUCUCUCUAAACUCCAUAAACAAUGGUCGAUACUCAGAUCUGAGCUCUCUAUGCGCUCCGUUGCUCCAAACUCGCGUUGUUUCUCAACUCGGAGUCCACUAAAUUAAAAUUUUGAGGGACGUAAAUUGACCAAUGGCAAGAUCACGAUCCCAUUUCUCAAGUCAAGAUUCAUCGUUGUCACCCACUGCUGUUAGAUCGCGGGAAUUGGAGGGUCCACCAAGAUGGAUUGAGUAUUUGGGUCCCGAAAUGACAUAUAGAAAUCCCGGUCUUGAUGCACAGCUUCAAAGUUCAGUUGGGUCCAAUAAGGGUUUGAAUAUGCAGUGGGUAGUGCAACUCACUAUUGUUGCCAAAGGUCUUAUGGCUAAAAUGUAUAGGUUGAAUCAAAUAUUGGACUAUCCGGAUCCUGUUAGCCAUGUAUAUUCAGAAGCCUUUUGGAAAGCAGGCGUGUUUCCCAACCAUCCAAGAAUUUGUGUCUUACUCUCAAAGAAGUUUCCGGAGCAUUUUAGCAAGUUGCAACUUGAACGUGUUGAUAAGAUUGCUUUGGAUGCUUUGCAAGACAAUGCAGAACUUCAUUUACAAAGUUUGGAACCAUGGAUUCAGCUUCUUCUUGACUUGAUGGUGUUUCGAGAACAAGCUCUAAGACUUAUAUUGGAUCUGAGUAGUACUGUCAUUACCUUGUUGCCCCACCAGAACUCGCUUAUACUACAUGCAUUUAUGGAUCUCUUUUGCUCCUUUGUCCGUGUUAAUCUUUUUGCUGAGAAGAUGCCAAGGAAGAUGAUGCUUCAAAUGUAUAACCUUUUGCAUGCAAUCUCAAGAAGUGACCGAGAUUGUGAUUUCUAUCAUCGAUUGGUUCAAUUUAUAGACUCUUAUGAUCCACCGUUAAAAGGAUUACAGGAGGAUCUAAAUUUUGUGAGCCCUCGUAUUGGAGAGGUAUUGGAGGCAGUUGGUCCUAUUAUUUUCCUAUCAACAGAUACGAGGAAGCUUAGAAAUGAGGGUUUUUUAAGUCCAUAUCAUCCACGCUAUCCGGACAUUCUGACAAAUUCUGCUCACCCUUUGAGAGCUCAGGAUCUAGCAAAUGUUACAUCCUAUCGAGAGUGGGUAUUGUUUGGGUAUCUUGUUUGUCCUGAUGAACUGCUUCGUGUCACUAGCAUUGACAUUGCCCUGGUUUUACUUAAAGAAAAUCUGGUUCUUACAUUAUUUAGGGAUGAGUACAUACUUCUGCAUGAGGACUAUCAGCUAUAUGUUUUGCCACGCAUUUUAGAAUCAAAGAAAAUGGCGAAAUCAGGACGUACAAAGCAAAAAGAAGCAGAUCUGGAAUAUAGCAUUGCAAAGCAGGUUGAGAAAAUGAUAAGUGAAGUGCAUGAGCAAGCAUUACUUUCAUGUGAUGCCAUACAUCGUGAAAGGAGAAUAUUAUUGAAGCAAGAGAUUGGAAGAAUGGUGCUCUUUUUCACUGAUCAACCUAGUUUAUUGGCUCCAAACAUACAGAUGGUGUUCGCUGCCCUGGCCUUUGCUCAAUGUGAGGUCAUCUGGUAUUUUCAACAUGUAGGAAUUGCGUCAUCGAAAUCCAAAACUGCUCGUAUGGUACCGGUUGAUAUUGAUCCGAGUGAUCCAACAAUUGGAUACCUAUUAGACGGAAUGGACCGCCUAUGCUGUUUAGUACGCAAGUAUAUUGCAGCAAUUCGAGGUUAUGCUUUAUCAUACCUUAAUUCAUGUGCUGGUAGAAUUCGAUUUCUGCUGGGUACUCCAGGAAUGGUGGCUCUUGAUUUAGAUGCGAGCUUGAAGGGACUUUUUCAGCGGAUUGUUCACCACCUUGAAAACAUUCCAAAACCACAGGGUGAACAUAGUUCUGCCAUGACAUAUGAUCUCUCGGAAUUCCGGAAAGAUUGGUUAAAUAUAUUGAUGAUCGUCACUUCUUCUCGAUCAUCUAUAAACAUAAGACAUUUGGAAAAAGCUACAGUCUCCACAGGGAAGGAAGGCUUAUUGUCGGAGGGUAAUGCUGCAUAUAAUUGGUCAAGAUGUGUGGAUGAACUGGAGUCUCAAUUAUCGAAGCAUGGCAGUCUUAAAAAUUUGUAUUUUUACCAUCAGCACCUUACAGCAGUCUUCAGAAACACUAUGUUUGGCCCCGAAGGACGUCCUCAGCAUUGCUGUGCAUGGCUUGGAAUUGCUAGUAGUUUUCCAGAGUGUGCGUCCCCCAUAGUUCCAGAAGAGGUGACAAAAAUUGGCCGGGAUGCAGUCCUUUAUGUUGAAUCUCUCAUUGAAUCUAUAAUGGGAGGCCUUGAGGGCUUGAUCAACAUCCUUGAUUCUGAAGGAGGAUUUGGUGCACUAGAGACUCAGCUUCUUCCAGAGCAGGCAGCUUCGUAUAUGAACCAUACAUCAAGAGUUUCAAUGUCGUCAACGAAGUCACCAAAGGCAGCUGUUGGAUUUCCUUUGCCUGGCCAUGAGAGCCAUCCUGAAAGUAAUGGCUCUAUCAAAAUGUUGGAAGCUGCAAUGCAGAGGCUGACCAAUUUAUGCUCAGUUUUGAAUGAUAUGGAGCCCAUAUGUGUUCUAAAUCAUGUCUUUGUCCUCAGGGAGUAUAUGAGAGAAUGCAUCAUUGGGAACUUCAGGAGGAGACUGCUGGCAGUAUUGAAAACAGAUAAUGAUCUGCAACGUCCUUCUAUCCUGGAAUCACUGAUUCGCAGGCAUAUUGGUAUCAUCCAUUUAGCUGAGCAGCACAUUAGCAUGGACCUAACCCAGGGUAUUCGGGAAGUUUUGCUUACAGAAACUUUCUCAGGACCAGUUUCUUCUUUGCAUUUGUUUGAUAAACCGACAGAGCAGCAUACGGGAUCAGCCACAGAAGCUGUUUGUAACUGGUACAUAGAAAACAUAAUCAAGGAUGUUUCAGGAGCUGGAAUUCUUUUUGCUCCAAUUCACAAAUGCUUCAAGAGCUCAAGGCCCGUUGGUGGAUAUUUUGCUGAUUCGGUCACUGAUCUUGGAGAGUUGAAGGCUUUUGUUCGUAUUUUUGGUGGUUAUGGAGUCGAUAGACUAGACAGAAUGCUGAAAGAGCAUACAGCUGCUCUUUUAAAUUGCAUUGACACAUCAUUACGAUCAAACCGUGAAGUACUAGAGACAGUUGCCAGCAGCCUGCAUUCUGGUGAUCGAAUAGAAAGAGAUGCAUCAAUCAAGCAGAUUGUUGAUAUGGAAACGGUGAUUGGAUUUUGUGUUCAAGCUGGGUUAGCUUUGGCUUUUGGUGGACUUCUAGCUGAUGCUGCUGGGACUGUACUUGAAGAAGGUGCUCCCUUGCUAUAUUCUUUACUAGCUGGAAUAGUUAAGCAUAUACCUGAAGAAUUUCCUGAAAUGACGGAAAUCAAAAGAAUGAAAGGGGUGGCGAACAGUGUUGGUGUUUCUGUUGAGCAUGACUCACAGUGGGUGAGAUUGAUCUUGGAAGAGAUUGGGACUGCAAAUGAUGGUUCCUGGAGCUUGUUGCCGUACUUGUUUGCCAGCUUUAUGACAUCUAAUAUUUGGAACACCACUGCCUUCAAUGUUGAAACGGGAGGCUUCAACAACAACAUCCAUUGCUUGGCAAAGUGCAUUGGUGCUGUCAUUGCAGGAAGUGAGUAUGUUAGAUUGGAACGUGAACAUCAGCAGAGAAAGUCUUUCUCUAAUGGACAUGCUAGUGAGACGUUGGAUUCUGAAAUGCAAAGCCAUUUGUCAGCUGAGGCAAGCAUAAAGUCCACAAUGCAGCUCUUUGUCAAAUUCUCCGCAGCCAUCAUUCUAGAUUCUUGGAGUGAAAUUAAUAGAUCUCAUCUCGUAGCACAGAUUAUUUUCCUAGACCAACUUUGUGAGAUCUCGCCAUUUCUUCCAAGAAGCACUCUUGAAACUCAUGUUCCAUACGCUGUUAUCCGCUCAAUUUAUAGCCAAUACUAUGCGAAUUCUCCAUCCUCUCCUCUGGCACUACUGAGUGUUUCCCCCCGCAAUUCACCUCUACUAUCACUAUCACAUGCAUCUCCUGUAUUACGGCAGCCGCGUGGUGACUCAACUCCCCAGUUUACUGCUAUGGAUUCAGGUUAUUUUAAAGGAUCAUCAUCCCAUGCCCAGGACCACCUCUAUGAUGCUGACAGUGGAAGCUUACGAAGCAUUGGAAACAAGCAGCGGAACAUUCGUCGUUCUGGACCUUUGGAUUACAGCUCAAGCCGUAAUAAAGUGAAGUUCGUGGAAGGCUCAACUUCUGGGAGCACAGGUGGUCCCAGUCCGUUACCCAGGUUUGCUGUAUCAAGAUCUGGUCCAAUAGCGUACAAGUAGAAAGAUAGACCAAGACUAAAGAAAAAUGGGGCUGGCUGUUGAUGGAUCAAGUUUUGGGUGAUGGCCUGAAUGGCCUUUCCUUGUUAUCUAAAUUUCUGCUACAAUGAUAUCCAGCCUUCAGUUCCAGCUCAUGCUUCAACUGGUACAACCAGUACUCUUUGGUACAGUUCCUUCGAUCCUUAGGGUCCUGGUCUGGAAGGUAUGAUGAUACUUUCCAUUAAGGUGACAAGUUAAAGAUCGAAUGGGUAGAGGAAAUAAGAUUAAAAAAGAUUUUUAAGGUAUACAGUAGCAUAGAUACAUCUAAUGUUAUUGUUUCUCCUUGAAUUUCUAGAGCAUAAAUGUAUCUUUGUAAAUGCACGAAUAUGUAAAAUAUUAUGUUUAUGUGCAUCUUGUGUUCACUUGAUUCAUCUAAAGCUUGAUAUAAUUGAUAAUUUAAGCUGUUUAGAUGGUUGUUUGGCA